AUGGGUUCCGUUAUCGACAUGCCGCUGCGAAUCGCCUCUGCCUCUGGUUCAGUCACGGAUCGGCGCCACGCGCUGGCCGACUUGACCAAGGAUGAGCAGGUCCAAUUCAUUGUUGGCGAUUGGCUGUCCGAGUACAACAUGACCACCAGAGGAGGAGGAAAGGUUGACAGCGCAGGCAGUUCGGAUGAGUUUGAGAUUUCUUUCCUUGAGGCUCUAGAGCCCGCUUUGUCUCUCCUGGAUUCGAGAAAGAUCAAGCUCGUGGUCAACGCCGGUGCCAGCGACACUGAGAAACUUCACCAAGUUGUUGUGGAAAAGAUUGCAGCCGCUGGGCUAAGCCUCAAGGUCGCGUGGAUUGGUGGAGAUGAAGUCUUGGAUGUUGUCAAGAAGGCCGUCACCGAGGGCAACAAAUUCAAGAGUCUUACUCACGGCGGAAACCUCGAGGACUGGGGCCUGGAACCCAUCUACGCUCAGUGCUAUCUCGGUGCUUGGGGUAUCGUCGAAGCACUAAAACACGGUGCCGACAUUGUCUUGUGUGGCCGAGUCGCCGACGCCUCACCCACUAUCGGAUGCGCUGCUUACCAUUUCGGCUGGCAACGAGACGAGUAUCAGAAGCUGGCCUCAGCAUUCGUUGCCGGCCACUUCAUUGAAUGCUCCACGUAUGUCACCGGCGGUAACUUCAGCGGCUUCAAGGACUUGGUCGGCGAUGUAACGAACCUGGGCUUUCCUAUCGUGGAGAUGAAGAGCGACGGCACCUUUUACGUCACCAAGCAGAAAAACCGCGGUGGCAUGGUCACUGUCGAUACGUGCAAGGCGCAGCUGCUGUACGAGAUCCAAGGUCCCUUGUAUUACAACUCAGACGUGGUAGCCCAACUUGAGGACAUUAUUCUUGAACAAGCGGGCGACGACAAGGUCUAUGUUCACAACAUUGGCGGGCUGAAGCCUCCUCCUACCACCAAAGUCGGUAUCACCGCCAAGGGAGGCUACCAAGCAGAGGCACAUUACUUCCUCUGCGGUCUGGAUAUCGAGGAAAAGGCCUCUCUACUCGAACGCCAAGUACGGGCCAUCCUGGACGAGUCCAAGUUCCACUGCCUGAAGUUCCGUGUCAACGGGCGAUGUCCUGAGAACCCAAGGAACCAAGACGCUGCGACUGUCGACGUCCGAAUCUUUGCCCAAUCCCGGACCGAAGAGUCACUCAGCACUGCAAACUUCUUUCGCCCAGUUACGGAUGUCAUUAUGCAGUCCUACCCGGGCGCUACAUUCGCUGUAGAUGCCCGACAAGCCCACCCCAAACCAUACUAUGAGUACUUUGUCUCUAUUCUCCCACAGAGCGACAUUGCUCAUGUCGCCCAUGUUCCCUCAAAAGGUCUCGACAUUCCCAUCCCAGCCCCUACCGACACGCUGGACUUUGUCUACGAGCAGACUACCUAUGAGACGGCACUCCCCCUCGAUCUGGCCAGUUUGGGUCCUGCCAGACAGGCCCCUCUUGGCCAUAUUGUCCACGCUCGCUCUGGCGACAAGGGGUCUGAUGCCAACGUUGGCUUUUUCGUUCGUCACGCUGACGAGUGGGAUUGGCUUCGAAGUCUCUUGACAGUAGACAAGAUCCGAGAACUACUGGGGGAUGAUGACACCGGCAAGCCCAUUUUCCGAUUCGAGCUCAAAAACAUUCUAGCUGUGCACUUCCUUCUUAAGGACCAUCUAGACCGAGGUGUAGCCUCCAGUUCAACGUAUGAUGUGUUGGGUAAAAACUUGGCGGAAUACUUGAGAUGCAAACUGGUGGAUAUUCCAACCAAGUUUCUGGAUCGUGGAAGGAUUUGA